GCCGGGAGAGUGAGGCCUCGUCCGACUCACGGAGCGGCGGGAAGGGAGCGGUGCGCUCUGCUCGGCACAGGUCAGGUCCCGGUUCCGGUCCCGGCUGGCCGCCGGUGAGAUGUAAUCCGAUAUGGAGGCGGAAGAGAUGUUGAUGGAUAGUGUUGAUGAGGUGCCAAGCCACUACUACAAGCUGGUGUUAGACCGGCUGAAUGAGCAGCGACAGCAAGAGCAGUUUACAGACAUCACCCUCAUUGUGGAUGGUCACCAUUUCAAAGCCCACAAGGCCGUCCUUGCUGCCUGCAGCCAGUUCUUUUGUCGUUUCUUCCAGGACUUCAGGGAAGAAAACUUGGUUGUGAUUGAAGGGGUGAGCAACCUGGCGUUUCAGCACCUGAUCGAGUUCACCUACACUGCCAAGCUGAUGGAGCUGCAGCAGGAAGAGGCGAGUGACGUGAGGAAGGCAGCAGAGUAUCUACAGAUGGAGGAGGCUAUGAAAGCCCUCAACAACCGGGACAGCGCCAGGUCUCCGACGGCGCAAGCCACGAAUUUUCACAAGAGGAAAGCCAUGAAUCAGACGCUAACAGAGACGUCCAUCGUCAUCACAGAAACGCUGCCCACCAUCCAGGAGACGGAGACGGUGGAGAUCGAUCAGGAGAACGUCUUUGCGGCUGAGAUCGUGGAGAUUGGUGGGGACACUGAGCGGAUGGAGGAGGAGGCGACGGACACUGGAGUGACCGUGGCAGAGGACCAGCCCGUAGCAGACGAGACAGCGCAGGCGUCUGGCGGUGUGCCGAGCUCGGAGCAGCAGGCUGAGUCGGCCCUGGCUCUGCUCGCCGACAUCACCAGCAAGUACCAGCAGGACAGUGUGGACAAGGAGCCGGAGAGGGAGGGGGAACUGGAGCUCGCGGGCCAGCCCCAGGAAGAGGAGGAGGAGGCAGAGGCGGAGGUGGCCACCAUCUCCACGGAGGAGAGCAUCCACAUCGUGGAGGUGCUGGCGCAGGGCGACAAGGUGUUCUGCUGCGAGAAGUGCAGCCGCAUCUUCAGACUCUUCUACCACUUCAAAGAGCACAUGAAGAUCCACUCGGGGGAGAACUACGUCUGCCACCUCUGCAGCAAGCAGUACACACGGGAGAGCGCCUGGAAGCAGCACCUCUCCUCCCACCGCGACGACGAGGGCACCAACAAAAAGCCACGCUGUGUCCGCAAGGUACACGUGUGCCAGUACUGUGAGAAACAGUUUGACCACUUCGGACACUUUAAAGAGCACCUAAGGAAACACACGGGUGAGAAGCCCUUCGAAUGCCCAAACUGUCAUGAGCGCUUUGCCAGAAACAGCACCCUGAAAUGCCACCUGGUAGCCUGCCGUACAGGUAUGGGUGCCAAGAAAGGAAGAAAGAAGAUGUACGAAUGCCAGGUCUGCACCAGCGUCUUCCCCAGCUGGGACCAGUUCAAGCACCACCUGGCCGAGCACACGGGAGAGAAGCCCAACCACUGCACCCUCUGCGACAUGUGGUUCAUGCGUGCCAGUGAGCUGCGGCAACACGUGAAGGAGAAGCACGGCAGCACCGAGCAGGGGACGGGCGCCCUGGCGGAGAUCGUGGUGCUGAUCAACACUGAGGCCAUGGAGAGCGAGACAGUCAUCGAGGAGGUGGCCGUGUAGGAGGAUCGGGG